GAUUAUUUUCAAUUGUAAUUAACUGAAUUUACAUACAAUGCAAUUCGAUUAACAUCAGUCUUUAAUGCAUGACUACUGUCAGUCAAAAAUGUUCUGUCUUACCCUCCUGAUUGUAGUUUGUAUCAAUUUCACAUUCGGGAGCUAUUGCAACACAGAUGAAUGUCCAGGUUAUAGUGUAAUUAAUUCAUCAAGGGUGACUUAUGUCGACCACCAGAUCAUGGAAUUCAAAUGGGAAUGUCGGGAAAGGUAUAAGAAUCAGGUCCACAGCUAUGAAGUCCAUUGGUUGUCAUCUGAAAACUGUACAGACUGCAAUGGGAAAACUGAAGUCGUAAAUAAGACGGAGCUGAAAAUCAACAUCAGGCCUUGUAUAAACUACACGAUCGAAAUAUACCCGCUUGACAGUAUGAAACGACAGAUAAAAGCGCCUGGAAUAUUUUCACAAGUCUCCGCUAGCAAUGCUCUUAAAAAUGGUUCUGCUCUGAUUAUCGAUAAAAAUUGGGUUAUUUUAAGAUGGUUAGUGGAAAAGCAUUUUUGUGUCAAUAGCAGUUACAUCGCUGCAUGUCACGGGCCGAAUACGGUUUCCUUCGUUAUUGAGGAAACAUUGCAAGAUGUUGUGCUGGUUAAUAUUUCCGGUUUAAUGGAAAAAUCUAGCUAUGUUUGCGGAGCUUUUUCAAUAAACCCUGCUGGUUUAUCUGCUGGAACGAAUCCAAUAUUUCUUACAACUGAACAAAGCACUGUUGUCCUGAAAAUUGGUAAAGUGAAUACAUACAUUUAUACUGUCCUAUUGGGUAUUCUGGCUCUUCUUAUUAUGCUGAUGACAUUAAUUAUGUGCUUUUUAAAACAGCUCUUGCUAAUGUUGCCUUGGAGGGGGAGCUAUUCUGUCAAUGAUGUAAGAGAGAGUUAUGAAUUUUAAAGAGGAUAGGAUAAAAGGCGAUUGAAAUAUAUUUCAAAUUUGGUCAUUAUACCGAUCAUCUUGGUCUGCCUAUUCUUUAUUUGGCCCGACCGGCACAGCGAUAGGCAUACCAAAAUGAUCAGUAAAGACCAAAUUUCAGGUUCUUCACCUGGCAGACAACACGGAGAAAUUUAAUAAAAGUGCUCAAUAAAUACCAAGUAAAAAAGAAAUUUGUAAAGCA